AUGGUGUUCCAUGCACCAGAGUCGAAAGAUGAAAACCCCCAGAAACGUUGUGAUCACGAUGUUGAGUUCCUUCAGGGGCUCGUUGAUAAACUGUUGGAUGUGGGUGAAGGCAGCUUAACGAUUAAACAAGUAGUCCGACUUGGUCAACAUACUAACCAAUCAUGUCGACCUUUAAGAAUCACCUUUGAUGACCACAACACGCCACAACUCAUUCUGUCUCGUCUUUCCAGGCUUAAAGGCACCAAGGUUCACAUCCGCCGAGACUUGGAACCCGAAGAGAGGAAUCGCUUGAAGACUGCGUUCCUUGAGCUUAAACGCCGUACAGAAGAAGGCGAAACUGAUCUGCACAUCGUAAAUUUUCGAGUGAUCAAGAAGGGUGCACGAACCCGUAUCAGUCGGUUGAUCAACCUCUAG